AUGGAAAGCCAUUAUUAUUUUUCUUUCGCCCUUGUAGAGUGUCUUAACUACACCUUUCUUAACGAGUCAAACAGAGCUAGGACCUUCUACAGCAGCAGCUUUUCUGAAAAGUGCGACUCAAGUCUGGAUGGAUGGUACAGGUUUGGAGGUAGCGCAGGUGAUCACAUGGCUGACUCCUGCAUUCCCCGUUCUCACUGCGGAACAGAUAUGCCAGGUUGGCUUAAUGGUAGCCAUCCUACAGUAGCUGAUGGCGCAGUAAAUCGAUCUGUUUGUUUCAGUGCCGCAUGCCCACUUCCAGACAGGUGUUGUUAUAAUUCAGCCAACAUUACCGUACGUAACUGCGGAGGAUUCUUCGUUUACAAACUCAAACGGCCACCUUCGUGUAAGAAUAAAGCACGUUACUGUGGCAAUGGAUUGCCAAGUGUUACACCAGGUGAAAAUUACAUUGUGUUAAUUGCGUGCGUUUUGAAAAUAUGCGUCUAUCAAAUGAAGCGUUUUUUUUUUCUUUUUUUUCUUUUAAUAGUUUUCUCAAGUAUGUUAAGGCAUGGCCUGCGGCCAAUUUGCAAAAAAUCUUAUGAUGAUCAUAACUUUGUGAAAAUUUAUCAGAACCUUUCAAAAUUUGGCAACCUCGGAAAUAUCGGUAACCUUAAAAUUCCUGUAACGUAAGAAAUCAGAUAUCUCUGUCACGUGACCACUUAUGGUCCAGUCCGGGAAAGAAAAGAAAACUAAAAAUGGGGUGGCGAGAUGCCACAUAGUAUAUAUAAAAUACAGUAUUUUUGUCAUUGUAUCAUCAUUUCUCGCUUAAAUCUGACCGGAAUAGGUCACGUGACACUUUACACCUGUUGAUAUCUUUUUAAGAAAUUGAAUAUCCUCUCCGCUUCGACCACGGAAAAAAAAUUAUUACGGUAAAACAAACAUUUACACAUGGUUCAAACUUAGUUGUAAUCAACCAUUCCUACCCCAUUUUGAAUUUCUUUUUUUUUUAAUAUCAUUAUGACGUCAGGUUUCACGUGACUACAUCAAUUCAACCCUGAUUAAUUCAAUGUCUCAAAAAAAAGUUUCUCAAAAGUCUUUUGCAACUUUUGCAACGCAAAGACACGUAAUAGGCGCGUCAGCAUAGUAUCAAAUGGCAUACCCGAAAGUAUAAACGAAUAGGGUGGGUAUGAUAGCGGAGGGCAUGUGAUCUCUCGCCUUCUGUUUUCAUGUGAUAGAAUCUCAAUCAAACUUCAACUUACUGGCAAGUCUCGUUUAAUUUCCCAAUUCUAUCACAUGACCAGAAGGCGGAGAUCCCAUGAGACUUCAAAGGGUUGAUGCCCCCAUGCGAUAGGCCCAACGAGAGAUACAGAUAACCCAAGGCCAUAUGCAGGAGUAGCCUCCGGCAAAAGCAACCCCAAUAACAAACACAAUAUAAUACAUCAUAAUCUCUUUUGUUUGUUUGUUUGUUUUUUUUUAUAUGUAAACUUGCUAAUUUGCUAAUCCCGACCAGGUCCAAAGUAGACAUGUCGAAAGGCCUAGUGUGGGCUAGCGCCCAGAACAGCAGAGGCCACACUGUUUUCUUGAAUAACAGGCUUAUUGUAAUAUUUAUGAAAAGUCUCUGCAGAUUUCCAGCCAGCGCUUGCCAUGAUCUCGUGAAUAGGGACAUCUUUGGCACUGGCUUUUGAAACAGAGGCCGACCUAGUGCUAUGGGCGGAGAACACUUUGGUAUCCGCCCCACGAAGGUGGAGGGUUUCCUUAUUAGUCCACCUGGAAAUUGUGUCCCUUGAGACGGGUUUAUGUGGCCUAACAUAACUAACAAAUAAUUUCGUUUCAUCUUUACGCAAAACUUUUGUGCUGUUAAUAUACGCCCUAAGGCAAGUGAAAGGACAAAUGGAAACAUCCGGCUCAUAUCUAGCUAUUUCGAUUCUUGUAUUUAGGGUUCCUUGGACUACUGGUCUUCAUGUGUUCAUCAAUGUCAAAUAUGUAUUUGUCCUCUUCCACGCAAAGGUGCUUAAGAUCUAAAGAGUGUACAGUUUGUCCUCGUUGACUCGAGACUAGUAAGAUUAACAUGAGAACUUUAUACGUCAAAUAUUUCAAUGCCAAUUUGUCAUACGGACAUAACGUAGACAAAUGUUUCAAAACUACUCCGACAUCCCAAAUCUUCGUGUAUUUAGGUUUUGGUCGUCGUGAUUCAAAGACUCCUUUCAUAAAUCGAGUUACAACGCGAUUAGUACCGAAAGACUCCCACCUUCUGUUAUAAUAAUUGCAGAAAGAGCGGAGCAGGCAGUUAUUAGCGCGGAAAAACUCAGUCCUUGAUUAAAUAGUCGCACAAGAAAUUGGAGGACUUCAUUUAGCGGUGGUGAAUAGUAAGCAAUCUUCCUCUCACCGCAAAACGCCAUCCAUUUGUUAAGAUAGGUAUGGUACUGUUUCUGCGUGCCUGACCUCCAAGAGGCCAUAAGCACAUCGGUAACCUCUUCUGAAAACUUGUGGUGGCUGAGGGCUCCCCUUUCCUCAGGACAUACCAUUAGGUGGAGUUUCUUGUGCAGCUGGUGGGGUCGACUAUGUGAAGGGUGUGGGAGCAGAAUCCAAGGUUGGUCGCAGAGGUAUUGCAGCAGGAGAGGGAACCACUUUUGUGUUGGCCAAAGAGGAGCAAUGAGUAUUACGUGCGCUCUGUCCUGUCUGAUUUUCUGUAAACAUUUGGGAAGGAGGCUGAAAGGUGGAAAUGCAUAAAAUUUGUAACCACUGGCUCCAGUUCAUAGUAAAAGCAAAUAGAUUUGAUUUUCUGAAUUUUUGCUUCGGUAGGCGUAACUGUCAUCCCAAUCGAAUCCACAACAAACCCUAAGAAUGUCAACCGCUGGGUAAGGACGAAAACCGACUUUUCUGGAUGUAUGAAAAACCCUAGUUUGGUAAAUAACGCGACAGUGUCUCCAACGUUUUAUUGACAGUCCUCAACAAUAUCCCCUUGUGGAUAAGAAUCAUCAAUGCGGCCCGAAUUUAAGUGACCCAUGCUGUGACUUGUAGCAUAGACAGGUUUGAGUAAUUUUGUGAAAAUACGAGGUGCACUGGCAAGACCGUUAGGUAGGCAAGUGUAUUGAUAGAAAGCGCCGUCGAAACAAAACUUGAGAUAUUUCUGGUGAGAGGGGUGAAUGGGAUCAACUGAUGCCAUAAAACAGCCUGGUUUCAUCAUGCUGAUGGCCGCCUCUAGGGUAUCCAUCUUAAAAUGAUGAUAAGCUACGAAUUCGUUAAACUCUUUGAAACUGAGAGUGGUGCGAUGUGUGCCAUCCUUUUUCGGUCUAAGGAAUAUGGUAGAGAUAAACUCCCCCAUUUCUUGUGCCGCCGGUAUAAUACCACCUUUAGCGAGCAGUUUAUCGAUUUCCGCUUUAACAAAAGCAUGCUGUUUAGUAUUAAAAACACUGGGUCUUUUAUGUUGUUGCGUGGGCAGAAAAUUGUUUCGAAAUUCUUUGACCCCGGAAACAAAUUGAAGUAUAGUGGGAUCGGUUGUUACAGUUUUUCAUGGUAGGAAAAAAUUACGGAGCUGUCCUGCUUGAAAUUUAGUUUUUAAUUUGAGUAUACUUAGUAUACUAGGCACGAGGCCUUUAGGAAGAGUCAUGUUUUCAUCACAUACCUCUGGCAUUUUCAUUGCCGCUGACUCGUCUCUCCGUCCUUUUUCUUUCUUUGUUUGGAGAAACGGCUUUUGCCUAAAAAAUCAUCGGGCUUCCCUUUUGAGUAGGGAUGAAAUCUUCUGUUUCCCUGGCUCGAACCAUAACUUGAGCGUCCCCCGUACUUGUCACCGCUGGAAUUCGUGGAAUGCGGCGGGCGAACCUUCUUAGUUAACUUGUUGGCUUCGGAAAUGUCCUUGGCAAGUUUGGAGAGGUCACCACGUGGCGGACAGCUGGUUCCAAAUUAGUGGGUUAACCUUCGGCGUUCUCAAGCCUUUGAUGUUUUCAGGCUGUGUAUAUUUGUCUAGCUUCGCCUUGAUCUUGUCAUCGGGCAUCUUUUCUGACAAAAGCCCGUUAAAUUACCCGUCAGGCCUUCAUGAAUUGGAGGGGAGGUUUGCUCUUCAGACCUAGAGAUCUUGAGCGAGCUCUUGGAAAAAAGCGUCGCCUGUCCUAGUCGCUUUUUGUCCGUGGUCUUAGAAUCCAGGAUAGCAGAUAGACUGGCUUCCAUAUCCACUCGUUCAUGGUCAGAGUCUUCGACUGCUUCGACAGAGGCGGUUUCACCGUCCUCCUCCGACUCUGGAUCGCGACCGCUCAACAGCAAACUGACGUUUUCGUUAAGUUUCGUCAUCUGACCCACGAACUGAGCCAUAGCAGCCGUAAACAGGUUCGCAUGUUCUGUAUUCGCAGAGGCCCUCUCUGACGAUUGACCCUGUUCGGCAGUGACACCCCAACGUCGUCCGGGGUGUGUGGCAUAUUUUGAGCCGUGGUCGCUUAAUUACUGGCCCCUAACUGCGUUAUCGCCUGAGCUGGGUGUAACUGAGACCAACUACGUUAGACUUUCCAGUUAUACGUGUAAGAAAACCAAAGAAAUUCUGGUGUUAUCUGAAGAACGAGGUUUACUCGUUGAGCGCGAAUCGUGCAAUGUCUUGCGCAAGCGCGGUGCUAUCUCAUGGGAUCUCCGCCUUCUGGUCAUGUGAUAGAAUCAUGUUCAGGUGUCCGUCAUGUUCUGGUCCGUGGAUACCAUUUUUAAAAGCUGUCAAUAAUGUAAUAAUAUGUGGAUGUCUAUUAUCAAAAUAAACAUAGGUUACAGGCUUUCACACUAGCUAGAAAGUUUGGUUUCCCUGCGGUUGCAGAUAAACGGACGGACGUACGGUCACGUGAUUACCAAAAUUUCCUGGAUUGAUAGAUCACGAAAUUUUCUUAGGUAUGGGGCUCCGCUCAUUGUAACCGUCAUUGAGGUUUAAAUUUGUUAAUACUACGACUAGGAGUAAUCGCAGCUUAGGAGAGUGCGUUCGAUAUGUUUUUUUAGGCGUACAGGUAGCAGUUGGGGGGGAAGGGUGGUUGCGAUAUAGAUGAAUAUGAUUAUGGCAUAUUUUGAACGUAAGGGUUGCGUACAGCGAAACCUCCAUUUAAACUGUUUAUCAUUAUAAGAAGGUUUUGAAAAGAUAUCGUAUUGUUCGGUGUCAAGUGCUUGUAAUCGGAGGAGACACUGGCCCAGAGUGCGUCGGGCGUGUAAAUAGAACAUUUUGUUUUACUGGCGCGAUUACAGGGCUCAGUUGCUCAAAGGCCGAUUAGUGCUUAACCCGGGAUUCUUUUUCUUUCUUCAAAAACAUUUCUUGGGAUAAUUUUCUCUGUUAUUUUUAAGAGCACCCAAUCAUCAACUUGUUGACAAAAUGAAUUAAAUUGAAUUUAUUGUUUUAAAAGCUUUCACAUCUGAAUUCAAACUUCGCACAAACUCUGUCAAAGCCUUUAAUGGAAUGUGUGUGCGGCUCACGUCAAUAACUUUUCCAGUAAUUUGGUCGAGCGUGUUGAUUUCAGUGACUCGAGAAUAACGCUGCUGUGGGCUGGUUCAUAGGGUUUUCCUAAUAAAUAACGUAGAGUUAAAGUGUUCGUUUGUCCAGUGCCGAAAAUAUCACAAGAAUGAUCAAAUGGCGCCGCCGAGCUUCACAUCUCGGUAGAUUUACUUCGUGGCACAACGGUUGCCGAGCUACACAACUCGGAGGAUUCACUUGGUGACACAUUGGCCGCCGAGCUACACAACUCGGUAAAUUUACCUUGUGGUACAAUAGACUGCUUGCAGUCCGCCUUUUCUCUUUUAAAUCCGUCUAGUUCUUAUCUCAUCCAGCAUGAUUGCAAACCACGACGUUAUUAUUACUAAAGAGAAUGAGAUUUUUUCUUCUCGGGCUUACGCCCUCGUGUCUCGCGGCUCGCGGCUUUGCCGCUCGCCUGCAGUAACUGUGCAAAGAAAAAUAGGAGACUGCUCGCAGUCUAUUGGGACAACGGCCGCGGAACUAAACCCGGUUUGAUGCAUGCACCAGGAGUCGCAGACAUUUUCCAAAGACAGUGACGAACCAUGCUGAAAAAUAUGACGGCUUAAUCCAAAGUAAACUUUAACAGCAAACUUCUGAAAGAUGAACGCUUUGGACGAUUCAGCAAACACAGAUCGAUGUACGCUUUGCGAAGAUUCAGCAAACUUUUUAAAAGAUGAACGCUUUACGAUUAAGAAUAUCAGACCUUAGCAAACCGCUUCGAGAGAUGAACGCCACGGACACAAGAAUCACCACGUGAGUUAGCGCGUCAAAGUGAGGCAAAUCGUAAGCAAGCGCCAAGCGAGGAAAAUGUGUGUAGACGACAAAAAUGCAUUCUCAAAAAAAUCUCCCUUAUUAAUUGCACAGGACACCCAAUAAUGCACAGAACACCCAACACAAAUUAGGGGUUGCGUUCUCGUACCUCGAACGCAAUUAGUCAAUUUCCCUUAGAUAUCACUUCAGUUCAGCUACUUGCGGUAGCGAAUUCGUGAGUGCGCGUGGACAUCGACACCCUCCGCGUCUAACCUCGACUCAACCGAGGCGCUUUACUCUCAAAUGUCGCUCCCUCAACUAGCACUGAGGGAACAUAGGGGGAUUUUUGUUAUGUGGAUUUAGAUGAAACCAUUCGCCGUGUCAUUGUUAACAAUUAAGCGUGGUUCACCCCCACUUGAUUGGUUUCCGAGGUGAGAAAAACUACCAUAACUGGAUUAGAACGUUAUUUUAAGAUAUUUGGUUUUCUUAGCCUUUCUCUUUAACUAGUCGGAUCGUGACUCAAGCAACAAAUUUUUGUUUGUUUGUUUUUAUUUUGUUUACAAUUUAUACUCUCCAUAUGGAUUAUUAAUAGGUGAAACCAUUUUUUAUUUUUCAUUUAAUUUCAGUCUCAACAUCGAAGCCUGCAACACCACAUGGUAAAAUCAGAGGUGAGUUCGGGCACUAUAACGGUGAUAUAGGAUAUUAUCUAAAAAUAAGGUUCACUUCAGGAGCCAUAAUUUGGGUAGGAGACCGCAAACCCACUGCUAAAGAGGUAUCGAACUAAAGGCCAAUUGCGAAAACUUUAAAUUCAACUAUAUGAUAAUGAUAACGAUUACGAUGAUAAUGAUGAUGCUGAUGCUGAUGUUGAUGCUGCUGCUGAUGAUGAUAAUGAUAAUGAUAGUCAAGGAUCACGACCUUUUUAUCACUUAAUUUAGUCAUUUCCUGAAGAAGUCAGGCGUUCAUAACAAAAUAUUGGAAGAAUAUAUGACCUUACAGCUGUAAAGUCAGCGGUUGCUUGUUACGUUGCGUACAAAAGCUUUUGCUGUGACUAGCUAGAUCCACCAAGCCCGGCAUCUUAAUUGUUUGUUUGUUUUUGUUCGUUGGUUUUUUUUAUUUACUGUUCUUUGCAAAAGAAAUGAAAGCGAAAUUCGCUGAAUUUCGUCCUUUGUUCUCAAGAAAAUUCGACGAAAGUUCGCUACGAAAUUUCGUUGACGCGCCCGGGAAUUUCCGUUGAGUCGAACAAAAUCUCUUUGCCAUUUUGGUGAAAUUUCGCAUCCACACGACCGAAAUUUCACCCGAGGGGAAGCGAAGACGGACGGAUUGUAAGGAGAACCUUUAUUCGGAUCGUUACGUUUGCCUUGAUUGCUUGAAGCAAGUACGUUGGUGAUCGUUAAUUAAUUAUAAACCUGUCUGAGUUCAAGAUUGAUCGAAACCAUGAAAAUAAACAAUGACAGUAAACGUGAUUUUCGCAGUAUAAUGAACAACAUAGCGGUUGAAAAAAGAUCCUGAAAAAAAUCAGGCUUGACCGGGAAUCGAACCCUUACCUCUGCGAUUAAAAUAUAUCAUUGUGGAAGCUAAUAUUUAAGAGAAAAGAAAAGCGCAAUAGUUGAACCCUUAGUUUUUAUAAUACAUACUUUAGAGGUUUUGGAGGUUUUCCAAAAAAAAAAAAAUUUUCUUAAGGAAGAGGUCUGUUUAUUUUGGCGCUAACGUUUUCAAAAAUCCGGCUAUUUUUCUUUUGUUAUUAUUUUAAAAAACAAUAACAAAAGUCAGGCUUUAACAAUGUCUUAAUGGACUAGAGAACAGGGCGGCACAUCCCACCAGUUAAGAAUUCCUGGGAGCACUCACACGUACAGGGGUCAUGACUACAAGACCGUUUUUUCUCUUGCAGAGUGUUUUACAUAUACCUUUCUUAACGAGUCAGACAGAGCUAGGACCUUCAGAAACACCAGCUGGGCGUGGUCUUCAUUGUACGAUUUAAAACUGGAUGGAUGGUACCGAUUUGGAGGCGGCGCUGGUGAUCAAAUGGCUGACUCAUGUGUUCCCUAUCGUCACUGCAGGGCACAGAGGCCGGGUUGGCUUAAUGGCAGCCAUCCUACAGUGGCUGAUGGCGCAGUCAAUCGAUUUGUUUGUUUCAGUUCCCUCAGCGACUGCUGCCAAUUUUCAACUUCCAUCACCGUUCGUAACUGCGGAGGAUUCUUCGUUUACAAACUUAAACGAGCACCUGUUUGUGUCCCGAUGUCCAUUGCACGUUACUGUGGCAACGGAUUGCCAAGUGCUACACCAGGUGAAAUUAUGCAGUGUGUUAAUUACGUGCGUUUUGAAGCAAAUGUCGACCACAUGUAACGUUUCUGAAUAGUUUUACCCCUUCCACUAGAAUCUCUUCCUGUAUAAAUCCCUUAAUUGCUUUAUUAAUUAAUGUAUUAAUUAAUUUGAUUCAUUUAUUUCAGUUACAGCAUCUUAAUUAGUCUAGUACAUUUACUUCCGAGGUACUAUAACGAGUAGCCCUUUAUUGUCCUCAGUGAAAGUUAAGCGAACGAAAUCGCGACGUGUGAAAAUUGCCUCCAGCGAGAAAGGUGACUUUCUCUCUUUUUUCACGUCUUGCCUCUACUAGCGUGGCGAUUUGAAUGGGCGAUCGUAAAUGUCACUUGCUCAACUAGAACUGAGGAAAAAUGAGGGAUUAUUUGUCAUGUGGAUUUAAAUAAAACCAUUCUCCAUUUUGUAACUUUUUGUCAGUGUCGACAACAAAGCCCACAACGCCACAGUUUACCAGUUUCCGAGCAGGCGCAGGUCCACAACGGUUUCAACCGUUUUAAGGAAAUCGGUCAUAUAUAUUUUUAAUGAAAAAUAAAAUAAAUAAAUAAAUAAGGACUUUCCAAGUUGCAAGGCUUCAUCCAAGGUGAAUGGAAUUGGCCAAUAUCCUGUCUGAAUGAUUCGGAAACCCAGGAAAGGGGACUUUAGGGAGUUGAAAUCUACAAGAUUUCCCAGGGGAGCAUAUAUCCGAUGACCCCCCCUUGAACGCUCGUUUAGGAAAUCGGUCAGCGCCUGCUGAGGUUAGCAAAGCUAGUAAAUAUUUGUUUUGUUUUGUUUUGUUUUUUUUCUGGCUUUUCCUUUGUAAUUACCCAUGUUUAUCACGUCUUAUGCUUUUCUUGUGGAUUAAGAUAAAACCGUUCUCCAUUUUUUUGUUAUUUUGUUUCUGCCAGUUUCAAACUCAAAGCCUGCAACACCACAAUUCACUGGUAAAAUCAGAAGUAAGUAAGGGCCGACGGUUGGGGAGCUUAUUUGAAAAUAAAGUUUCCUUGGAUUUUGGUUUAACCUGAGACCAGGCUCAAUUUUCGUUAGAGAAUGUUUGAGAACCGCCAAAAUCGGGCCUUAUCUCAGGUUAGGUUUCCGUGGAUUUUGGUUCUACCCAAAUCGCAAAUCAGACAACAUGUGUUUACAUCAUAGUCAUGUAUUCUCCUUUUUCAAAACUUUGACAUAAUUUGCUGUACUCCUUGAUAUGUUGUUAUGUCGCUGGAUGGUGAAGACUUCUUUCAAAAAAUAAUGCACAAAAAAUAUUUAAAAAAAAAAAAAUCCCUAUUUCGUGAUCGUGACAUCUUUUUUAAAUUAUGGUAAGAAAGUUAAAAAAGGAAUGCAAAAUUCUAAACUUAUUAUAAGGUACAUGUUUGUGAAAGGGGUACUGUUUUCAAUAGAAGGUAUGCGAAAGGGGUACCUUUCGAUUCAAUUUUAAAUUCAUCUAAAUGAUAAUGAUUAUAAUAAUGAUAAUGAUAAUGAUAAUAAUGAUGAUAAUGAAUGAUAAUGAAUAACAAUGAUAAUAAACAUGCCACAUCUUCAACACAAAAUUAUGGUAAAAUGACAAGGAGAGUACACUAUGAAAUUAAAACCCAUGAAAAUCCAGUGAAAUUUUUCAUGGUAAUUUCACAUGUUUUUCACAGGUUUUUCAGGAGAUUUUGAUGGGGAAUUUUCAUUGGUAUUUCAUGGGGAACAUGCCAUGAAAAUAAAAUGAAAAAAGCGUGAAAAAACCCCUUAAAAUUCAACGCUUCAUGGCCCAUGAAAAAACUUUAACAAACAAAAAUCCCAUGAAAAUGCCAUGAAAUAGAAUGAAACCCGCUAAUUUUUUUUCAUGGCUUUUUAAUGAUAAUGAAAAAGCCAUGAAUUAAAAAGCUCUUUUUUCAUGGUGUCGGAAUUUAUGGGUUUUUCAUGGGGUUGUUAAAUUCAUGCCCCAUAAAAAACCAUGAUUUUUCCGUGAACGGUCGAAUAUUAAUGGGUCAUGAAAAAAUGAAAUGGCUUUUGAUGACAUUUUCAUUACCCAUGAAUUAUGGCCCUCUCUUAUUUUUCAUGGGAAAGACAAAGACAUGGCUACCAUGAAAAUUUAGUCUUAAACUACUCUCGACUGUUAAAUCAAAUACAUCACUGAGGAUUUGUUGGCUGGUUAAAUUGAAGCUAUAUACAUGUAGCAACAACCCUAACCCUAAAUAAAAGCUAACUGUUUUUCAAGUCAGUGCUUAACCCUAAUUACUAUUCUCAGGGCUUAUUUAAAAAAAAUCUACAGUCUGCACAGUCUGCAGUCUGCAUUUUAACUUGACUGCACUUUAGUAUGGUGUACUACAGUGUAAAUAAGGCCAUUAAUGACAAAAAAAGUGUCAUUGCAAUACAAAAUUCAUCUGGAAUACAUGUACUGUAUCUCCUCUCCAGGCUACAAUCAUGACGUACCAAAUUUCACCAUUGAAAAUGAACAACAAAUUUCAAGGGUUCCAUCCUACUUAGUUUGGACAAGUUUCAAUGAAAUAAAAAAAGCUCAUUUUCAAGGCCAAUACAGAUGUUUAUUUUAGCUAAUAGCAAAUGAACAGCUGUACAAGACAAAUCAUUUAAGUGAAAACUAAAGUUGUUGUGUUACAAUAACAAAAAAUGUAAAUCUUAUCUUUGGUCACUGUUGUUGCCUCAGCCAUCAGAUCCAUCUUGUAAGUACAGUGAUACAAUGAAUAUUGAAAUGCAGCAACAUCUAAACAAAAUUAACAGCAGAAUCAUGUCAAGAUUUCAUGUAGAACAUUUGAUCCAUCCUUAAAUAAUAAAACAAUGGUUUUGAUGACGCAAACCACACAAAAAGGAUAUCAUUAUUUUUAAAAUAACCGAUUCAUUAAUGAAAUAUAUGGAUAAGCAGGCUUUGUUAAAGGUCAAGCCGGCUUUUUUGCACUACUGCGUCUCUAAAAUUCCCAUAUGUCUUUGGUUUGGUUUGCAAAUUCAGCUGGUGGUAAGCUCUUUUUCAGCUGGUUGAACUAGCUGGCAGCCAGCUCUUAACCACAUCCCUGUUAGCCUGUGUACAGACCACCCCCUCCCCUAAGUAAAAAUCAGAGAAGGGGCGUCUGUGAUUCCCUGUUGCUAAUCGUGAAUGGGAAUAACUUUGCAUAAAUUAAAAAAAUUGUUUCCACUGACCAAAAUUUCCAUGGCUCAUGUUUCAUGUCAUUCCAGUUCUCAAAAUGUCGGUGCGUGCGUGUUAUUUCCAUCGAGUAACUGAGAGAGUGACACAUUUCUAAAAUAGGAUUACUCUAUACCGAGCAAGAAAAAUGUUCUUACGAGCCCAUAUUGAAGGAAAAGAUCCAUGUUCUUAUGCAAGCCUUCCCACUGGAUACGGGAAGUCAUUAGUUUGAAAUAAAGUGUUGACAAGUCAGACAUGACUCAUGAGCUCAUGAUAGUGUGAAACGUGACCUUAGCAUUAUUGUUUUGCUUGAGUUUUGAUGACAGGCCCUAAAGCCAAUCAAAUCAUUUUCCACAUAUUCCAGGAAAAAUCACGUGGCCUCCAUACACGAUUACCAAUGGUGAAUCACAGACGCCCCUUCUCUGAUUCUUACUGAGGAGAGGGGGCGCUUGUACACAGGCUACAUCCCUGCUUACCCUGGCAUGAUUGUAAACAAUCUGCUUUAAUACAUACAUGUAAUUUACUGUUGUCAGGUUUGUUGGAAUGAAUUUUGAACAGUUCCAUCAGCAGAGCCAACCAUAUAUACAGGGUUUGCAAAUUUUAUUGAUGAGUGGAGUCACUGUGACUUCUGCUUCACAAAUUUUGGAGUCAUUUUGGAAUAUUUGGAGUCAAGUAUCACAACGAAAAAAGCCAUUUUCAGACCUUCCAGCACGUGGUCCUGGCAUGUAUACACUAUCGUUAUGGAUACACAAAGUAGCUGUGGCGGUCCGCUGACCUGGAAAGCUCAAAUCCAUGAUGGCGGUCAUCGAGUAAACUUUGAUCGUAAUUUACCCUCUUCCUGUUUUGUCGUGCAGUAUAAUUCUUUAAUUUUGAUGAUUUAAUUAAGGUUUACAACGUUAACAAUUAACGUAAAUUGUAUUUGUUGCAAAAAAGGUAAGGAUAAAACUGUGUUUGUUACCGAAAAUUUCUGGAGUCGAAGUGGCUCCCUGUUUGUUACCGAAAAUUUCUGGAGUCGAAGUGACCUCUGUGGAGUCAGCUGAACAAUUUUGGCGUAAAAUACGCCAAAUUUGGUGUAUUUGCGAACCCUGAUAUAUAGCAUACUGUAGUUCAACUUUUCUACCCUAGCUAAGCCAGAUACAGUAGUGUAGACAAAGAUUGAAACUUCUUCCCUAUUAAAAAAAGAAUCCCCUACUUUGAAGGAAAAUAAUAUGCUCUAGUGCUUAAUGAUCAGAACAACGGAGUAAUGGAUCAGUCAAUUCCAGCUGCGCCCAGCGCCCCCCCAGGCUACUGCAGGGCAUUUGCCCGCCUUGUCAGUCCCGGGGCUGGGGCAUUUGCAAAUUUUUGUGCUGCCCGGGGGCCGGGCAUUUGCCAACCCCUCAGCCAUUCCCGAGCUUUUGACACACACGUUGUUUCCUAUCAGAAUAUAACUACACAAAGGAUUUCACUGGGAAAGAAAACAGAUUGGCUCAAAGGCCAUGUAAAGGCAAGUUCUUGAUUUUAUGCAUGCAUGCAUUUCUUCAUUGCUUAUCAAGCCAGAAUUACAUAGCGAAAUCUGGAGCUAUCAAAGUGAAUAAGAGUUUUUGGUCAUUAAAUCAAAUUUCUGUUGAUAUUAUUUGAAAAGCAUCCUUUCAUAUUUAUAAAACUAUUCAUAACAUAAAUUAUAACUCUGGUCGCAGCUGGAAUUGACUCAUGCAUAACAAUUUCAAGGUUAGAAUAGUGAGACUUUUGUGUCAAGCAAGACUUUCAUUUUGGUCACAUGCACAUCUGGUGUCUAAACAAUUUACUUCUUUCAUUUCUGUUCUGAUCAAGGUCAUGACCCUUGUAUGGCUUUCCCCGAGUGAAUCCGUUCGUCGAAGAAACUGAUUUGUCGCUUGAAAAAAGGAUCGUCAUGUCCAUCAAACAUCAUUUCGGUAAAAAUAAACUUAACAAAGACCAUGCACAGCCUCUGUCACAUUGUGUUCCUCAAAGCUUAUAUUUCCUACAUCAUGAUCAACUUGAACUGUAAUCGCGGCUCUGUCUGACUGUGCCCCAGCACACAACGACGAAACUUUGAUUAUUUCGCUUUAGUAGCAAGUAAUCUACAAUAAACAAGCACUACUUAAGAAUGAUUAAAAACAAAACUCACCUAAAAUCGUUUACCGAAUCCAGCCGAUGAUCUCAUAUCAGCGGUGCGAAGUUUUCGUUACAUGUUACACAAAAAGCGAUCGAUUAUGGUUCCUCACAGUCGCGCAACAAGUGACGUUUCUUAAACGUUUGCGUUAAAGGUUAAAACAUGUUUUGAAUCCGAAGAUUCUUCCUAAACUUACAAUCAGAGCGAACAAAACCCAACACUAGCGAAGCCGUUAGUUUCAAUUUGAACCGCCCUCAAACCGGUUUGCCUUGCGACCGCGCCUCUAAUUCGAGCAUCACUGCUGACCAUUUUUACAGCGUGAGCGCCAAAAACCAAUCGAACUUUGAUCGAGUAAUCAACAGCCAUCAUUUUCAACUUCAAGGCGAGUUUUUAGGAAUUUACAGUGCUGUGAUAGUUUUACAAGGAAAAAGAUCGUCACCUACAUCAAAGCGGAAGAUGGACCAGUCUUUACAGUGUACAGUGAGGUACGAUAUGUAGCGAAGCAUUGUAACAGAUUAAAGCUAACAAGAUACUCAUACACUGCACGUGUAAUAUUUCCGUACAGCAAUAUUCAGAUCAUAUUUUACGCAUUUAAGCUUACAUGUAAGCUUAAGUCUUAUGUUUCGAUUCCCUUCACAUCAACUGUUUGUGUAAAAUAGUAUGAAAAUGGCUCCUGCAAGCAUAAUGUAUGAGUGGGGCCGUACGGAAAUCCUAAUAAUUAGGAUUUAGGAUUUGAUAAUUUAUCAAACUGGACCCUUCAGCGGCAAAGCUAGAAACAAUUCUCCACAAGGUACGGUUUUACGUUUUAUUCUUGUGUUUAUUCUUGUGCUUCUGUUAAGGCCAUCCUCACCAACCUAUAAUCUCUUUUGCUUAUGCUUGCAUCGCCAAAACUGCACUUGCAUGUUCAUUUUACACACUGUAUACAAUGUAAUUCCUAUGAUUUAGUUCUGUUCUGGUUGAUAAAUAUACAGCUUCAUUUGAGAGUGGCUUAUAAAAUGGUUUGGCUCGUGGUAAUGAAGAUGAGUGGACUGCUUUGAUAGGUGCCAGUACUACAUGUAAAAGAGACAUUGAUCACAAUAUUUCAACAUGACAUUAGUCCGUUGCAAUGUAUUAUUGAUAUCAAAAUUUAACUCUUCAAUUUUUUUUAUUUACUUGACUGUUUUGUACAGCGAUGACCACAAUUUAUAUAUCAACAAGCAACGAGUUUAUUUAGUCACAAUUUAUACAAAAGCACUAGCACUGGCUCAUAUAUACAACUGUCCAUGUGUUGACCUUUUCCCUUUUCUUUUGCAAAGGUUAGGAUUAAUGAUUUUUUAUUACUAAUCAUUAGUCUAACAGACCUUCAUGUCCUCUAAUUCAGUCAGUAUUCAUACAGUGUUGUACAGCUGUACUCGUGAUUAAACAAAUUGGACUCCUGCUACACAGUUUUCUGAUUUUGUUAAACACUUGUACAUGUAUGAUUGCAGACUAAAUUGGACUCCACUCAGUCUUACUGAAAUAGUGAACCUACGUCUUAUUUGCAGAACCUCUAAUUUAGAGCAAAUUUUCAGUUGCUAAUUGUGAUAUUAAUCAUUCUGUGACAGGUUCAGUUUUCAAACAGAAGGAAAAUUUACUACCAAGGUUCAAGCAGUGCUAUGGGAGGCAACAAAUGCAGCUAAGAAUUUACACAUUUUAGCAUGUAAACUGGAUUUACUUAAACCUUCAACACUGCAUUGUAUAUAUAUAUAUAUACUUUUUUUCAUAAAUGUCUUGCUAGCCUCCUAAGUGUAUGUUUACAACAAGUACAUGACUGUAUUUCUACAUGUUAAAAUGGAUUGAAAAUUCAGGGUACUACCAUAAACUAUUAAUAAUGUUCAAAAUGUACAAUAGUCACAGUUGUUGCUAAAUUUUGGUUACCUUUUUUCAAUAAAAUAGCAUUGUUGGCCUUUGAAGAUGCCUCUUUAUUGAAACAUUAUUUGUAACUGUACUUCUGUACUUUAGAAAUGUAGCAUGCACUUUUCAACCCAGGCCAGCUCUUGCCUCUUGACUUGAUAGCUUUAACAUUAUCAUGAAAGCCAGGAAAAGUCUUGUUUACAUUUUGUGCUGUGUGUAAUACAUAAAACGGCCUGAACACUGUAUUUUUAAUCAAGUAAGUUACACUUAAAUCAUCCAAAUCAUUUUCAACAAGAAUUGAUUACGUUACAUAAUUUGCAGAGUGUUAAAGAUUUAUCAGAAGAAUUUAGUUUUUAUACUGGUGAUUCAGUUUAACAAAUAGAAAGUAGAUGAUGAUCUGACCCGUGAUCUUAUCUCGAUUCAAGACUAUUUUAUGGAUAUUCCUUUUUUGAUACAAGACCACACUCUGCCUCAUUAAGGGUACUUCAGUAGAACAUUUGAAAAAGCAUUCUACACAGCAAGUAAAGGUUGGUUCAUUCCAAGUUGUAAUAUUUAACUCCUUUGUUUUCUCUUGAGCAGAUGAAACCAUUUUAUAAUCGAACCAUGCAGUAGAUAGCGUAUACCUCUACAUGCAUGGAUAGAAUUUCGCUGGUAUUUUUUUAAAUACAGUGUAUUCAGAUGUUUUUAUAAUAAGUAUACACAUCUGAAUGGUAUUGUACAUUGCAUGUUUAAUUCAUGUUGAGUAGCACAUACAUGUACAGUACAGUCAACUUUCUUUAAAGAGGUACUUGGAGCCUGUUCAUACAUGUGUCUGUCUUUUUCUCUAACUAUUGAUACAAUAGACAAAAACUUAAGAUGUUGUGCUAGCUGGUCUCAGAGUGGAUCUGUCUUGUUGAAAGUUGACUGUUAAUAGUGCAGCCCAAAGUACUAGUUUCGUUAGUGUAUAGCUAAUUCUAGUACAACCCAAAACGUACUAUUUCAUUUAUUGAAUACAUGUACAUUUUGUAAAUAUUAUGGAAUGCAGUGUUCUUGCUGCAAAGUUGUUAAAUAUUUAUUCAAGGCAUUAAUUCACAGUGGCACUGCUUUCAUCAUCAGCAUUUUCAUGGGAAAUUAAUGAGCCAUGAAAUCAUUCAUACAUUUUUCAUGACUCACAAAUCAAAUUCAGUAUUUAUUUCAUGGCCCAUUAAACGUUUUUCAUGGCUCCAUCAUUGAACUUUCUUGGUAUGUUUCCAUAAUGUGGUGUUUCAUUGGAAAUUCAUGACCCAUGAAAGUAGUCCAGUUUAAUUCAUGGGCCAUGAAACACCUUGAACUUUUUUUCCACGAAAAUUUCAUGGCCACAGAUGAGGUCAUGAAAAAUUAUUUUGCAAGAUUCAUUGGCCAUGAAAUGAUGUUCAUGGUAUUUUCAAGUGAUUUUCAUGGGAUUUUCACAAAUCUCAGUUUCAUAGUGGUAGUGACCUUUAGAUUCUGAAAUAGUUAUAAAGUAUAGCUUGCACUUCGUGAAGGAAGAUUGCACUGUACUGUUCUCUCAUCGACUGACCCGACAGGACGCGUAGUUAAAAAAUGACCGUAUUUUUGAAUGUUGGUUGAAUGUUGUAGUGACAUUUUAGCAUUGAAUGCGAUCUCAAACAUAUCACGCUUUCAAACAGAAGACGGAGAAAAAUUCUGAAAUCGUGACAUUAAUUUUACCUCCCGCUUUGAAGCGAAACGUUCUCUGUUUUCGAUUGAUUGGCACAACGUGAUGUGUUGCAAAACGCGUUGAUGUCUUUAGGGGGACUUAUUGUAACGAGUAAUGGCGGCCGAAUCUACGAACAUGUGAUAGAACGAGUCGUAGUCGGACUAAUUCUUUUGAAAUUGCAUCCAAAAGAAGAAAGAAAACCUGAAUAAGAUAAAAAAGAACAAUCAUAAAUGAUAUAUUUCAAGUUAUCUAUGUCUUAAGAAUGAUCUACCAGGUCGGUAAGAAGCAGUUUUCGAACUCAGGUCAAAAAUAAAUUCAGUGAUACAGUCUUACUUCUCCUUACGUUCACCUCUAUAAUACGGACACCUCCCUAUUACGGACAGUUCGUUUGGUCCCAGAAAUGCCAAAAAUCAUACAUUCCCUACCUCUAUAAUACGGACACCUCUGUAAAGCGGUUCUGGUUCUGUCCCUUUAGUGUCCGUAUUAAAGAGGUUUGACUGUAUUAUCCCCAUGGAAAAUUGUCCAACCCGCAUCCCCUCUGGAAUUUCCUGGGCUCCUGAACCCCCAUCCCUUUGAAAUUUCCAAUUCCCUCCGUGAUGGGGGUCUGGAUAUUUUCUGGAAUCACACAUUAAAAUAUAUCAUGUUGACAAGCGAAGAGGGAGCACGUCUUCGCUGGAAAAAAAUAAUUAAAUAAUCAAACAAACAAACAAACCAAAUGAAUACAUUAAGCACCUAGCGUGGGAAGAUGAGCACGGAUAAGUGAGGCUUAUACAGGUGUAGGAGUGUUUUUUCUUUUUUUGUUUGUUUGUUUUUUUUUUCCUCGUUCUCAUGAAUUACGUAUUAUAGCAAACAAAAACAACUUCGAGUAUGAGUGAUCACGAUAACGACAACGACAACGAUAACGAUAUAUAUAACGAUAUUAAACGAUGACGAUGACGGUAGAGACAAUAUCGAGAAAAGCGUUUAUCGUAUCGCAGAAGCUUGUGAAGUCCAGUUUCAGGGUCAGCAGCAAGGUAAAAAAGUAAAAUUGAAGCAAUAAAUAUGUCAAAAACGAACAAACUAAAAUAUACGGUUCUUCCAAUUAGGGACAGUCGGUAACAGUGAUAGUUAUAGAAAGGCCCGAUUUAUUAAUAGUAAAAUAGAAAGUUAUAUAUCUAGCCGGUUUUUUGCAAACGUUCUAACGAAAUGUACAGCCAUUUGAGUGAAAAAGGGCCAAAUAGCAGGAAUUUUUUUACGUCCGAUAAGCUUGAAAAUCAUACCAACUCGAACUAAGGAAAAGGAAUGGCGAUAAAGAAAGAGUUAGGAGGAAGAAAGGAGGAAAAGAGAAAACAGCAAAGGUUGUACUGUUAUAUUUUUAUAACACCCAUUUUACAGAUUUUGGAGCUUUUGUCCGGAAAAAAAAUAAACAUUUGUUUGAACGAAGAGGUCUAUCUGAAGAGAAAAUAGAGGGUCUUUGAACAGGCUAGAAUUUUGCUCGCUCAACAAGCACUGACCCUGAGGAAAAUGUCUGAGGGACUAUUUGUCGUGUGGACUAAGAUGAAAAAACUCUCCAUAUUUAUUUAUUUAUUUAUUUUGUUUAGUGCCAACAUCUAAACCUGCAAAGCCACGAUUUACUGGUGAAAUCCGAGGUGAGCAAAUCUACUAUAACUGUAGGGGAAAGCUGUUUAACCCUUUUAUGACGGCCGGCAAGGAGCGAAAAAGACGCAUUUUUCAUCAAUUCCUCUUCUUUUGAUCGGUUUUUGGCUAAUUAGCUUAAGAAUGUUUAAAAACGAGUUUUGUAAGGAAAAAAGGCAUAUUUUCCGACCAAUUUGACUGAACUAAACACUUUUUUUUGUUUUUCACGCAUGCGUAUUAUUUUUUGCGAAUCUAUUUAAUCAAUGGUUCUCUCUCGCUAGCGAAAUCGGCAGUGGAUUUUUCCCCAAAAUGUUACCUUUUUUGUGGGUGUAAGUCUGUCAGGAUUGGUCAGAAUAUCUAAAACGAGGUAUCACUGGAAAGAUCUAUCUUUGCUGACGUUGUUGCUUACCAAAUUAUAACUUAAACGGAAAGCAAAAUAUGUCUAGGAAGGAAGAUAUGCAUAGUUCCACAUGGAACGAAAACGAUCAAAGUAGUCGUCGAAGGGUUAAAAAUAAGGUUUCCUGGGAUGUUUGUUUCACUCAUUAAUCUUAAUUAACUUCUUCACUUGUAGAGUGUUGCCAAUACUCAUUUCUUAACGAGUCAGACAGAGCUAGACCUUCACAAACAGAAGUUCUCUUUCGUGCGAUAACAGCCUGUACAUUUUCAGAAAUAUAUUUCUUUCUUAUUUAUUUUAUUAUUAUUAUUAUUAUUAUUAUUAUUAUUAUUAUUAUUAUUAUAAACGUUUUCAGUGCUAUUAAUUACUUCCUACACUCUCCUAGAACUGGGGCCAAUCCUUGGUCCUGAGGUAGCAGGGGAUUUUUCGAUUUGAUGGACAGAAACCUUCUCAGUAUAUCCUAAAUUCUAGUCCAUCGCACCAACAAUAACUAGCACAGUCUCUGUCCUUAUUCUUUACAUUCUCGUGGUUUUAAUCUCAAGAUCUUUGUAUUUAGUGAGCUUUUCAUUGACUUUCGUCGAGGUGUUUCGGUCCAGCGAGAAAUGAUGAUAGAACCAAAAGAAAAUUACUUGAAAAGCUAAAAGAAACUUGCUAGAUAGAAGUGCUUGCCUGCUUGCAAAGACUAAAAUGCGCAUAGCCCUAGUUGUCCCAGCGUGGUCCUUGGUCACUAUAUCAGGCUUGUUCGCUGACGGUUCCCUAUCCGUAUCUGUCUGCAUAUCCCAGAGAAUUGUGACUUCUUCCUUUUCGGUAACCGUCUCGGGCUUGUGUUCAUACCUAUUAUUAUUAUUAUUAUUAAUUAAUUUAUUUUUUAAACAUUUGAAAUAAACUUUUGAAUUUUAGAGGCUGAUAGUUUUUUAUUGAAAUGAAAUGUUCUUAAUUCGAAUAAUUUUUCUUAGUUAAAUAAACUCUUUCUAAGCUAUAUUGAGUGCUUUUUAAAUCGACAGGAAUUGUAAAUAGUGUUUUGAAUGAAUAGUUUUUUCUUUUUUUCAAGCAAAAUGUUUAAAAUUAAAAAAAAUACAUUAUUAUUAUUAUUAUCAUCAUUUAUCAUUGUCAUUAUCAUUAUUGUUAUAUUAUUAUUAUUAUUAUUAUUAUUAUUAUUAUUCCAUUUGAUGCAAAAAAGUACAUUUGUACAAAAAGCGUGCGUCUUGUAGGAACCAUAAUAUAACGCGGUAAAUCCUGAGCGGACAAGAUUAACCUAUCUUCCUACAUCUUGGCCGCUCGCCGGCUGAUUCAGCCAUGUAAUAAAAGUACAUUAGUUAUUUAAAUUAGCAGCGGUGAUGUCGAAUUCAAUCAUAAUUAUUUUGAAAAAAGGUAACUGCGAACGCGAACGUGAAUCCGUGCUGGCGUCUACGAAUAACCUAACUACUUUCUUGCAAAGUUGUUAUUAAUGCUUUUCGUAUGUCUACACUCUUCUUGUUUUUUUCUUUCUAAUACCAUCAACAACAUCAUCUAUGUAUCACCCAUCGCCAAUCACACAUAUCAAUGUUGCAUGUAAGUUAAAACACUUUGAUAAACAGAGUUUCUCAAAUCAUUUCAGCUCUCAAUUACAAUCGACUCGGAUCGGAUGGCUUAAUCUGAAUUGCUCGAUCAAGAUAUAAAUAAAUAUUUUAAUUUAAGAAAUGGACAGUACUGUUACAAUCGAAAUUUAUGCUUUAGUUGAGAUCCAGUUUUAUCGCCCGAACUUGCGGACUAAACCCAUUUCUUCUUCAGUAUUUACACUGACUCACUGCCAUUCCUGAAUUUGUUCAUCCCCAGAUGCGUUAGAAUGCCCACCGCAAUCGAAGAAUGGAGUAUCAUGGUCAGCUACUAGAGGAGGACAAACAGAUAUCAAGCCUUGUCCAGAGGGAGCUACAGGUUAAGCAUGAGAUAAAACGUUCGCUCAUGAAAGCCAUCAGUAUAACAUCAUAGCUCUCACAAACUAUAUAUUCUCAUUAAAAAAAAAACAAAAAAAAACCUGUAAUUCUACCAAAAUAAAUGGUGAAUAGAAUUACAUGUAACACAGUCAAACAAGAGGUACCUAUACAGCAGAACAUGUCUUCAAUGCUAGAAAACAUUCCCCAAGUGCAUUAAGUCACUUUGAUCGUCCAAUCAGUUGUGGAUCACGCCUUCGUUGUUCCACGUGCUCGGAGGUACUUUCAAAUUCUUUCAUCAACACACACCGCAGUUUGAAAAAAGUAUGUUGAACGUUCUCCAACUACAGCAGAGUUAUUUGCAAUUUGCAUGUUGCUUGCAGCGUUUUUCGGAAGACUUCGGGAGUAUGUUCCAGAAACAAGUACGAAAGAUGUGCGGGGUACCGUCAACUCCCUUUAUAGGGACCUCGAGCUAGUGUCCUCAUUAGCGGGAGUUUAUUUCAGUCAAACGUCUGUAAAUUAUUUUUGCUUUGGAUUUAGCUGCUAUCCGUUUUAUCGAGGUGCCCUUUAUAGCGAGGUGUCCGAAAGGCGAGAGUUGACUGUAUAGGGAAAUGAAACGAGAUGAGAGGGGUAUUAUCAGCUUAUCUUAUAAACAGAGCAAUUCAACAACAUCACCACCCUCAAUCAAUUUUCAGUAGAGUUUCCUAUUUAUACGUUUCUUUCAUUGUAGGCUCUUCGUCGCGAAAGUGUUCUAAGGCAGGAAAUUGGAGAAAGCCUAACUUUACAGACUGCACUUCUUCUGAGUUUCUCAAGCUUGCUAACAUGGUAUAUAGUUAUCUUAAUCAUCUGAGAAGAGAAAAUCUUUACUAGAAAAACAAACAAACAAACAAACAAAGAAAACGAAAGAAAAUAAGUGGUUACGAAACUAUCUCCCAUUUUCUAAGCGAUAAUAACCAAAAGUUCAAAGUGAAAAAAAAACAAAAAAGAAAAAAUGAAAUCGGAUGAAAUCAAUGGGGGUGGCUAAUCGACAGUCGCCCAUUAUACAGCUUACAAGGCUUCGUCCACACGAAUCUUUUCUUUUUCUUUCUUUCAUUCUUUCUCUCUCUCUUUCUCUCUUUCUCUCUUUCUUUUGAUGAUUACAAUCGGGUAUUUUCAGCCUGUCUGGAUUUGUAUGGACGAGGCCUUAAAAGUAAGUCUUCUUUAACCUGAGCCUCAUUAUUUUAAAUUGCCCUUCUCGUUUAGAUGCACACAAUUAUGGAUGGCCUUCAUCCAGACCUCAAUGUUGGACAAGUGCUUUUAAAACUAUUCAAUUUUACGCAGCCAAGAAAUAACAGUUCCUCAAGACCAGCACAUAUCUAUGGGGGAGACUUGAUUAUAGCAAUGGAUAUACUUUCUCAAACGGCUGAAUAUAAUGCUAGAUUUGGCAACGUUAGUUCGAAAGAAGAUUUCCAAAAUUACGUACAAGUGGCCAGUAAUUUAAUGGAGCCAGUAAACAGAGGAACUUGGGUGGAUCUUGAUAGAGUAAGUUCUUUAAACUUGUAUAAGCUGAAUGGAAACAUUGCCAAUUUCUUGUUGACCGAAGACUAGCUAGAAGUCCUUUAUCUUCAAAUAUUUCUCUUCAGCACAAAUGUCAGUGAAAUGUGAAGACAUCGGACAUUUUUCUAAAGGUUAGAUCAAUUUUGUUCUAUCAACCAAGACUAAAUGAUUUGGAACAUUGCGUUGGCUACCGGUUUCAUAGAACUAACUUAAGCCUCCUGCCUACAAAUCCUCGCCUUCCAUAUGCCUCAGGGAUCCUUGAACACGGUUUAGUACCUUUAUUAAUAGCCACUCCACUAAAGGUGAAUUCGGUACCAGCCGUAAUUUAAUACUAUUUCCAAUCACCAUAAAUCAGUGCAAAGCAAAAUUGCAGCUCUAUUUUUUUCUUUUCCUACCAACUUGGCUUCAACUUUUCAUAAUUUGAUAGAGUAUUUCUAUUGAGUUUACAAAACAGUAAAUAAAAGGUAACCAUCUUAAAUCAGUGCCUAAUUUACCCUAAUCACUAUAGUGGUGGGAAAGGGAACGGUUAGGCCUUUUCCAUGCGGGGGGAAUUUCAUUAACUUGCGGGGAAAUGCAUUAACGCCGAUGACGUCAUACAUCUCAUUAAGAUAGGAUGAUGUCAUAGUAUAGUUUUAGCUGGCAAGGAGCAAGUGACGUCAGAAUUUCUUAGGGGUUGAAGUCAUCAAAAAAAUGUUGAGAUCAUAAUAAUCUGUAAAUAGAAAAGUGAUAUCAUGUCCCUACUUGGUCAUGAUGAUGUCAUAUAUUUUUCAGGUAAGAUGAUUUUAUGGUUUAUUUUUACCUGCCAGUUUUCUCUAUUGUUUCAAAACACACUAUCAUCAUUAAAUUAUUUUCACUAAACAUCGGAUAUAAACAAAACCAAGACGCAGAGGUUAACUAAAAAAUCUUUAUUUCAAAAGAAGGAAAAAGGGGGUUAGCUGAAUGCGAAAUCGUACUGAUUUUUCGGGCAAAACACGAAAACGAGGUCGAAGCGCAGCGAAGCGAAAAACUGCCUGCCAAGCAAAAAUGUCAAUCUUUGUUUACUAGAUUCUGUAGAAAGUAUUGUACAGGGUAUAAAAAUUCUAUAGAAAACAACAGCUGGUUCUAAAGUAAACCCUUCCUCUUUUGGUUCUUAAAUAAACUCCAUUCUAGUGCCGAAUGAGUGGAACGUCUAUUUAAAGAACAGGAAUAAGAGGCGUGAUCAACUAACAACGCGAGAAACGGUUUAUGUCCUCUAUUUAGCGCUAGAAAUCGGAUAUAUAAACACAACACAAACACAAACAUACAGAAAGUGGAGCUGAAAACUCUCUAUUUCAAUUAUUUCAAUUUUGAUGGACUAUAAAUUAGAAAACCAUUUUCUCCGUCGUUCUAUCUCGAGGAAUCGACUAACUAUUGAAGUCUCAGUUCUUGGUGAGAUUGUUGUCUUCUUUCACACGCCGUUAGUCAGUUAAUUAUGCGAGUUAACAAGCCCACUGUUAUAUACCGCUGGUCUUAUUGUAUCGCACCUACAGUUUUUGUUUGUUGUAGUUGUAGUCUUAGCAAAUCACAUUAAACCCCGCGAGUCGAUUUGUGAUCCAACAUGGCCUGUAUGUGGUGAAUGCAUAACAUGGUGUCCAAGUAGUGGGAUUUCGAACCACAAAGACAACACAAACCGGAUAAACAUGGCGGAAGGAUACGCUAAUGCAUCGUACAACUGGCCGAACAUGAAUUGGGCAGCGGCAGAUUUGAGCAAGGAAUGGGAGAGGUUUUAUGAACACUGUGAAUUUACCUCCAGCGGGCCCCCCAACAAAUACAUGUAGAAGGAGAAAAUAUGCAACCUCAUGAGCUUUGUUGGCGACAAAGGCCGAGAAAUUUAUUUGACCUUCGACUGGCAAACUGUUCAAGUAGGGACGGCAGAAACCACGCAAAAUGUCAGCGAAAAAUAUAUACUCGAAGGAGUCGCCGGUAAAUUCAAAGCACACGUAGAAGCUAAGACAAAUCCAAUCAUGGCGGCGGUCAAGUUUGACCGAAGACGUCAGUUGCCAGGGGAAACUUUCGAUAGCUUUGUCACCGAUCUGAAACUUUGGCCCAGGGUCUGGACAUAACGGAGACUGAGAAAUUAAUUCGGAACGCCAUAGCCUGCAAAUCGUUGGAUAAGCGAGGACGUCAACGCUGCCUCGAGAAAAAGCAAAGAGAAAAGCAAACACCUUACCCUUGACUCAGCCAUUGAUAUAGGCCGAAUUUUCGAAGCAACCAAGUCAUGGCAGGAGAAGACCCUAGAGUGGCGGUCAAUAAAGUAACAACAAAACCUGUCCCAGCCAAAAGGCGCACAAAACAAAAGAAAUACAAACAGCCACCAGAGACUAAUGACCAGCAAGACAAAUGUGGAAAAUGUGGUUAUCGUCCCAACAAGCCACAAGAGAAAUGUCCAGCCAAGAAUGAACCAUGGAACAAAUGUAACAAAUUAGGACACUUCGCCCAACUGUCCAGGAGUCAAAAGAACCGAGUUAACUCACUUAAUGAGGAGGUCUACCCCAAUAAUGCCUAUUCCAGUGAUAACGAGGAAUACGUGAAUGUACACCUACUAUGCAAAGCUAACCUAGAGAUGAACGGCGUUUGUAACAAAUCACACUGCUGCGAUGAAGAUGAAUGGUGGGAGACUUUGGAAGUGGGUAGCAGUACCCUACGAUGUCAGCUGGAAACUAGCGCGCAUGUUAAUGUCAUUAACAUCUCCUAACUACAACAAGUAGCGCCAAAUGCCCAGGUCAAGAAAACCAAGCAGAUCCUAUGUCUGCUUUAGACAACAACGAAUGUCACCAAGAGGUUACACCACCCUCCCUGAAAGAUUCAAAGACCGAGAGUCAUGGUUGAAGUUCUAUCUCAUUGACAGCAAACAAAACCCCAUACUCUCGGGCAAGGCCUGUCAAGCCCUUAAGAGUACACCAGCUAGACAAAGACCUCAAGGAGCUCUUAGACCGUCACCCUGGUCUAGAGAAUGCAUCAGGAGCCAUGCUUGGAACAUACUCCAUUAAAAUUGACCCCACUGCUAAGCCAGUAGUGCGUGGCCCCUGGAGACAACCAGCUGCACUCCUUCCUAAGGUCGUGGAUAAGCUGAAUGAAAAGGAAAAGGAAGGACACCUAGCCAAAGUGAUACAACCAAGGGAUUGGGUGAACUCCAUGGUUGUCUCAAGCCGAGGAGAAAAGAUCAGGAUUUGCCUAGACCCGGCGGACCUGAACGAUUCAGUCAUACGCGAACACUACCCGAUAACUUCAGCAGACGAGAUCGUAGCCAAGAUACAUGACGCCACAUUCUUUACAGUCCUUGAUGCCAAGAGCGAGUAUCUUCAAUUGAAGCUAGACUUUGAGUCCAGCCUUCUGACAACAAUGAACACUCCAACUGAAAGGUACAGAUGGGUAUUAAAUCAGCCCUGGAAAUGUACCAAAGAGCCAUGGAUGAAAUGCUAGAAGGACUUGACCAUGCAUACGCGAUAAUGGAUGACAUACUCGUUGCUGGGCGCGACAUCUCACACCAUGAUUCAGUCCUAGAGAAAGUACUCUGGCGUGUCAAGAGUUACAACCUGAAGCUUAACUUUGACAAAGUUAGAGUACGAAAACAGCAGGUGCCGUACGUGGGUCACAUCACAUGCGCGGAAAGGCCAAAAACCAGACCCUGAAAAAGUACGAGCCAUGGAGGAGAUGCCUCCCCCAACAGCAAAGGAAGAUAUAUGGCGGUUCUUGGGUUCCAUACAGCACCUGGCCAAGUUCCUACCUAUGCUAGCCGAGGUUGAAACUCCCCUAAGGGAGCUCACAAAGAGAGACGUUCUCUUCAGCUGGGACGCGCCCCAAGCUGAAGUAUUCCAACGGGCUCAAAGAUCUAUGUUGCACAGCCCCAGUACUGGCAUAGAACGAUGUUAAGAAAACAACAUGCAUAAUAUAUAGAUUUAACCAGGGUUAAAAGCAAGGCUCCCAUUAAUAAAUUUAUAAUUUAAAUCAAACGAUACACUUGUAUUCCACAAUUCAGUUAACUUUAGAGCACAUUCAUGUGACUUUUCAGGGAAAGACUAAGUGAUUUUAGAGAGAAAUAAUUUGUAAACAGCCCAAGAGUGAAUCAAACGAGUUGAUAGCCUCAUAUGUACACCCCAAAACUGGCAAUCAUCUUCCAUCACAUUUAUUAAGAGCCAUAAUGGCUCUUGAUCACAGUAGAUUAAUUAGGCCUGAAAAAAAUCAGGCCGAAUUUUUUGCGGUCGACAAGUUUACUUUACAAAAUCUUCCCAACAAAUCUGGGUGCGUGUAAACCAACCUUUUAUAGCGGAGCUCCACGCGCGGCGCUUUAAGGAAAUGUGGUAAUCUACACCGAUCGACCGAUCGACCGCCCGUCCACACCACAGGCAUACCAACUCAAUCAACAGACUUUUAGAAAGAAAAAACAACAGCAAAGUCGUGUCUUUUUCGGCGUUAUUAAUUAUGUUUACACUAACGUGGAUAACAGAGAAAGAGCUACAGCGAGUUAUUGAAAACAAAGGAGGCGAAUUUCGUAGGAAGAAAAACAUGGAAAUUCAAAGCGGCGGUGAGAAAAUGAGAAAUGCUAGCGGCCAGCAAGGUGAAAAUGAGCGGCAGUGAAAAAUAAAAGCGAACAUGAACACAGGAAACAAAAUAUUGGGUAAGCACAUACGACAAUUUCUCCAUAGAAAUAAUGUGUAACUAGGAAGUUUGACGUUUUAGUCGUGCAAAACAGCGUUGCAGUCGUACAAAACAACGGCAAGAGCGUGCUGCACGUGCAAAUUUGUUUUUGCUAAUUAGAAAAAGUUUACUGCACGUGCAAUUUGUUUUUUUUUUGCUGAUUAGAACUAUUCACGGUCUUGAAGCCAUUUUCAUUGUCGUCCCCGUUUAGCAUUACUCCAGUCCCCACUCUCUCCAAGUCCAAAAUGGCGGGCCAGAUGACUUGAUAUAAUCACAAUUUUAUCAUUUCAAUACAAGGCUUUGUUGGGGUUAUUUUCUUUAAAAAAAAGCAACAAAAGCUUUUUAUUAUCCAGCUCUCUUAACUGCGGAUGGAUGGUUUCAUUUUUUCAGCUCUAAAGGACUCGGAAAUCAGAGGUCACCUCGAUACUGCUCACUGAAGCUCAUAUUUGUUUGUAUAAUCUAUGUAUGUAUGGUCAUGCUCCUUUGCUGAUGGGUAUUUACAACAGGCUAUUUCAAGGUCAGACGAAGAUUAUGUGUUAAGGAACAUUUUGUUAAGCUUACUUUAUCUGGUAAAAAUCAUUUGUGUUCUAUGAUGGUUACUAGGUUUUCAAGGAAAAAAAAAGUCACCCUUGUUUUGCUACAUCAUGUGUUUGUUGUGCUAAUCAGAGGCUCGUUUUAGAUCAAUUUUAAGGUAAGAGUCGGUGUAUUUCUAAACAACGAAACUGAUUUGGGUUUGACAAUUCAUUUUUACUUACCAAUUACAGAAUAAGGGCUUCUUGUGAACAAUUUGAUUUGUUUAUGGCGUGAAUUAUGCUCAAAAUUCCAUUUUGCAUCGCCUUAGAGGGGCAUGAAGUGUUUGUUCCAAAAAUUCAAUAAAGCAUAAUUAGCCAAAUUUUUCUCAACUGAUUUUGAUAAUUGGGUGACUAAAGUAAACAGUGGUAUAGGUAUGGACGUUAUGCAAGAAGGAAGCUGAAUAUACCGAAAUUUUGAAAAUGGCUAUUUUGGGUUGUAAUUUUGACAUCAAUUUUGGCCAAACUCUAGCCCCAGGCUCCUCUCUAUGCAAUACCUCGAGGACAAAGUUUCAUGCAUAAAUGGAGAGCUCUAUUAUAAUAAAUUCAUUUGGCAGCAAAAUUUACUAGUGGGCUGUUAUGGCACUUUUAAAAUGCCCCCUGGGAGGCUGGAUUUUUGGUGUCCAAAGGGCAAAAAACGAGACCCCCCACCACCCCCUCCCCCCCCCCCGUAACUCCAAACCUAAAAGUCAGAGAAGUGAGCUAAAGUGGCUUUGGAAAUAUCUCAUGACACCCAACUUCUGUGUCAAGUUUCAGCCCAAUCUGUUGACCACAACUUUUCGCCCCUGGAACACUUUCUCAGACUAUGACACUUGAGCCGGCUUCCCGGUGUUUGCUUUUUUUAAAAGACGAACUCGAGGCAAGAAAAUCGCUCAAAGCCUUCUUUUACAGUCAGAAUUAUAACUAAAUAUUCUUUGGAACGUUUUCUUUCUAUUUGCGGCGAGAAAAUGCCUGCCUAAAGGCUUUUUAAAGAUCUGUAAGCUUAUGACAAACCUGAUACUCGGUCAGAUCAUUGUCUCAAAUCUUACAAACGUGCGCAACAAAAUAGCCGCAUAAAUUACGCUGGACUUCAUUAAAUUAGAAAUAAACAACAAACAUCAAAUACAAUAAUUACUCAGGCUUACCACUCGAGAUGCAGCUCCUGAAAGGUAUCAAGUAAGGACAGUAUCGCUUCAGACUUUGCAACCCUCUUACGCAUCAACCAAGGUGAAAACAAAAACGAUGCCAUCCGAAAUAGGAUUUUCGACUUCGACAAGUGACGUAUUUCUCAACCAAAAACCCAAUAAACAAACUAGCCAUGAAUAACAGAAAACUCCUGAUAGCAGCUAAAUUUCAUUUUGUACAUCCAGUGGAAAAAGACAGUUAAGAACAUCACAAGUUGACCCAACACUCUGUCAGCUUCAGCUGUCAUAGUAAACAAGAUUCAAGAUGCUGCAUAAAUUUUCCGCAUGAAGUCACCUGUCAAAUUUUGACCAAUCAGAACAUAAAAAUUGGACGUAGAGCGUGACCAACGCGUGAACAUGGUGAGAAAAGUGAAAAGCAACUGUCCUCCCUGCUUGUAGCCGCUGGCUGAAUUUUCGCGUCCGAGGUCAGUUUGACAUCAAAAUUUUAAAUGUGCGGCACAUAAAUUCAACAUAUUUCAUAUGAAUUAAAAAAAAAUUAAACUUGAGCCUGCAAUCAUUUGAAAACUUCUAGUUCCGAUGAGUCGAAACCUGAGCCCGCGAUACGUUCAAGUGAUACUGGUCAGCGGAUGAUGUACAUCAUCAUCAGGGGAAAGGUAGUCACAGCAUAAACCUAAACAGCCAUUAUUUGGUGCUAUUCAAGAAUCCACGAGACAAAUUGCAAAUCUUGACUCUUGCCAAGAAAUAUAUCCCGGGCAAACUGAUUUCUUUUUAAAUCAGUACGAAGAGGUUGUCAAAAUACCUUUUGGUUAUCUGCAGAUUGAUCUGAAAACUACUACUCAAGAUAAUUGUCGACUGCGAACAAACGUCCUAUCCAGUGAAGAAGGCUUUAACCAAGCAGGGUUUCAAGAAAAUAUUUCUCAAGAGCUUCUAAAAUAUCAAACUCUUUCGCCUGUCCCACUUCUCCCAGCUGUGCAAGAAAUACAGGGCAACAUGGAUGACAUGCUUUCUCGAAACGAUCUUCGGGACGAUGAAAAAGUUAAGCGAUACUUUCGGUUGCAAAACAGGUACCUGGCUUUUAAAUAACAAUUAAAUACAAGAACACGACCGGAAGAAAUAAUCAGCACUGUCCUAGACUUAACAUAAAGCACACAAGAUUCUUCGACAACAACGGCAGCAUUCUCCACUCCCCUUAACCCCUUCAACGUAACACCAAAUUUUACACAAGCGGCUAUCUUACAAAAACCUGAAAAAGAAAGCUCCACCACACCACCACCCUUAAAUCCUGCUUUCCUGACCCCUCCUCCCAUCACAAGACCCGAAGCGCAAAAGGCGUCUGAUUCAGUUUGUAAAUUAUUUGGAUGAUAUUUAUCCUCAUGGCAAACAGAGGAAACGAACUCGGCAUAAGAAAUUUCGAGUUAGACCUUACAAGUACUCCAUGUGCGAAGAAGAUGAUUAAUGUCCAUAAUCCCUUUCAAAUCGCUGUGUAUUUGACUCUUUUUGUCAUUGGUUUUAAAUAAAGUUUUUAAAACGGUAUCUCUUGUCUUCUCAAUUUAUUUGUAGCGUGUUUAAUUGAUCCUUGUUAAGUUAAUAAUUGUUUUGUGUUUUUAUAACAAUUGUAUGCAAAUGUGGGGUUGUUAACUCGCAUAAUUAACUGACUAACGGCGCGUGAAACAAGACAAUAAUCUCACCAAGAACUGAGACUUCAAUAGUUAGUCGUUUCCUCGAGAUAGAACGACGAUAGAGAGUUUUCAGCUCCACUUCCUGUAUGCCGUGUGUGUGUUUUGUUUACAUGUCCGAUUUUUAAUUAGCGCUAAAUAGAAGACAUAAGUCUUUUCUCGUGUUGCUAGGCGAUCACACCUCUUAUUCCUAUUUUUUAAUAGACGUUCCCCUCAUUAGGUACUAGAAUGGGGUUUAAUUUAUUUAAGACCGAAAAGAGAAAGGUUUACUUUAGAACCACCUGUUGUUUUCUAUAGAAUUUUUAUAUACUUUACAAUACUUUCUACAGAGUCUAGUAAACAAAGAUUGACAUUUUUGCUUGACAGGUAGUUUUUCGCUUCGCUGCGCUUCGACCUCGUUUUCAUGUUUUGCCUAAAAAAUCAGUACGAUUUUGCUUUCCUUCUUUUGAAAUAAAGAUUUUUCAGUUAACCUCUGUGUCUUGGUUUUGUUUAUAACCGAUUUUUAGUGAAAAUAAUUAAUGAUCAAAGUAUGUUUCGAAACAAUAGAAAAGACUCGCAGGAGAAAAUAAACCAUGAAAUCAUCUUACCUGAAUAAAUAUGACAUCAUCAUGACCAAGUUGUGAAUUGAUAUCACUUUUCUAUUUAUAGAUUAUGAUCUCAACAUUUUUUGAUGACUUCAACUCCUAGGAAAUUCUGACGUCACUUGCUCCCAGCCAGCUAAAAAUAAACCAUGACAUCAUCCUAUGUUAAUGAGAUGCAUGACGUCAUCGGCGUUACCGUAUUGCCUCGCAAGUUAAUGAAAUCCCCCCGUAUGGAAAAGGCCUAAUCGGUUCCUCCCCCCUACUACUCACUAUACAUAGUUGCAAAACAUAACCGCAGCUCUAUUUUCGCACUUUUUUUAAUUUCAUAGUAAUUAAUUUCCUACGUAGGCAACUGUUCUUCUUAAAACGCUACAACGAAUACUGCGUUUUCUAAACCCCAUUAGGCGUCCGACCUUCUUUCGAGGUAUAGUAUCUAUAGACUCUACCAACUUCUAAGGUGGAGACAGGAUUCUUUCAGCAACGACAAUUAUUUGCAGUCUGUCCCUUUCGAAUUCUUCACAGGCUGGCCAAAACAAGAGUCUGAUGAUGGUUUACACAAUG